AACUUCGCGCCGGUGGAGGGCGAGCUCGAGACGCCCGUCGCGUGCGUCGUCGCGCGCGGGCGGUUGCCGGACGAUUUGGACGGGUUGUACCUGCGGAACGGCCCGAACGCGCGAUUUCGACCGGCGCUCGGGACGAAUCGGUAUCACUGGUUCGACGGCGACGGCAUGGUGCACGCGAUUCGUUUGCGCGGCGAGGGCGAACGAGCGGAGUAUACAAGGCGGUACGUGCGCACGCGCGGUUUCGAGCGAGAAGAAAAGGCGAACGCGGCGCUGUACACGGGGCUCCGGGAUAUAAAUCCGAUUUGGCGGUACUUGCUGCCGAGUAGUAACGGAUUGACGCAUCAUGCGGGGCGAUUGUUAGCGACGUACGAGAGCGGUUCGCCGUACGAGAUCGCGUUAGAGCCGACGCUGCGCACGAAAGGGCUGUGCGAUUUCAAUCAGACGUUUGGCACGAUGGAUUAUUGGCUGGACAAUUUCACCGCGCAUUCGAAGACGUGCCCGAUGACGGACGAGUUAAUUUACAUCGGGUACAAUCUCGUGGCGCUGAGCGGCGAGCAGGAUGGGCAGACGACGAUCACGGUUGGCGUGAUCGACGGCGAGACGGGGAAACGCACGCACCGGCGGCAAUUUAAAGUGCCUCGACCCUCGAUGCAACACGACGUCGCCAUCACGCCGACAAAGACGGUGCUGAUCGAUGGGCCGUUGAUCUUCAACUUGCCGCGCGUCAUCGAAGGCGGACUGCCGUUUAGCUUUGAAAGAGAAUGCACGUUGCGUAUCGGAUAUCUCCCACGAAGAGGUGAGGAAGGGCCGUUUUGGAUUGACACUGGCGAGACGUGCUUUGCGUAUCACGUCGUGAACGCGUACGAAGAAGGAAAUAUUCUGACGUUGGAUGUGUGCAAAGCCGACGAAACGAACGCGUUGGGGAUGUGCCAAGAGUCGAACAAUCCAGUGAACGCCGGUCGCGACGUUGCGGCGUUGUGGAGAUGGCAAAUCGACACCGACGCUAACGCGAUAAUAUCGAGCAAGCGCCUAUGCGAACAGACUUCCGACUUUCCGUGUAUUAACCGCAAGUACACUGGCUUAAAGUACCGCUUCGCGUACUCGUCGCGCAUGGACAUUCCUCUGUUCGACGCCGUACUCAAGCACGACCUACAGUCAGGAGUGACGACUCGAUACGAAUUAGGUGAAGGUGUCACGUGUGGUGACAUUAUUUUCGUUCCUUCGAAAGAUGCCGCGCGCGAAGACGACGGUUAUUUGCUCGUGUUGACACACCUCGACGUCGACGGUGAAGAGCCUCGAGCAGAGUUAUUAAUUUUAGACGCCUCGGGCGACGAACUCACGACGCAGUGCGUCGUGCAUAUUCCAAUGCGCGUACCGUACGGAUUUCAUUGCGAAUAUGUA